CGGAAGCUUCCGUUUCGUCUGUCUUUUCCAAAAGAUUCAGCAGCAGCAGUUUUCAACAGUGUUAGCAGAUCUUUGAGUGCUUCAGACAUACAGGUAACUUGUUUUAAUGAAGACACGUAGUUGCAGAGAUUCUAAAAACCUGCACCUUGUGACAGGUGGUGCCGGGUUUCCAGGUUUUUCUCUUGGCAAGAAGUUGUCCCAGAUGGGACACAGAGUCAGACUGCUUGAUGCUAAAGAAUCAGCGUGGAUCAUUCCAGACAAUAUAGAUUUUGUUAAGGUGGACAUCAGGAAUUAUGAAGAUGUCAUGUCAGCCAUGGAGGAUGUCUGUGUGGUGUAUCAUAUGGCAUCAUACGGCAUGUCUGGCAAAGAUCAGUUGAAAAGAAAAAUGAUUGAAGAAGUUAAUGUGCAUGGAACAAAAAAUGUACUGAAAGCCUGCCGUGAGAUGAACGUAACCAGACUUGUGUACACCAGUACCUACAACGUGGUGUUUGGAGGACAAGAGAUUGUCAACGGUGACGAGACUUUACCCUACUUGCUGGAUCACCAGUUUACAGAUUAUUACUCUAAAACAAAGAAGGAAGCAGAGGUAGAGGUCCUUGCUGCAGAUGGCUCCUCCACAGACGAUGGCUCCACUCUCCACAUGUGUGCCCUCCGACUGGCUGGAGUGUAUGGACUCGGGGAGCAGCGACACAUACCCAGAAUUGUGUCGUAUCUCGAGCGAGGUUUGGUGUGUGUAACGUAUGGAUCUGGAGUUGUGGACUUUCUGCAUAUUGACAACCUCAUCCAGGCUCACAUCCUAGCAGCCAAGGCCCUCACACCUCAGCACAAACACAUUGCAGCAGGGCAGAGCUAUUUUAUUUCAGAUGGAAAACCAAUAAAAAAUUUCGAGUUCUUCCGACCUUUGAUCGAAGGUCUUGGUUACACAUUUCCUAAAGUGUGUCUUCCACUGAAGCUGGUAUUCUAUUUGGCUUUUAUGUUAGAACUGAUCCACUUGGUUUUGGGUAGGCUGUACAAUUUUGAUGUUAUUCUCACUCGGACCGAGGUACACAAGACCGGAGUGACGCACACGUUUAGUAUUGAGAAAGCGCGCAAGGAGUUGGGGUACGAACCAACGAUUCAGAACGACAUGAGUGAUGUUGUGCGGUACUAUCAACGGACAGGUCAUGUGAAGCAGAAAUCAGAACGAGGAGUUGGAUAUUACCUCAUGAACAUUCUUAUAGCAUUUUUCAUAGCUAUCAUCAUCUUAUCAUUUUUACCCUUGACAUCCGAUUUAUGACGCAUUAUAUCAUUAAAUAAUUAGAACAUGUUUACACUCAUGACCUAUACCAAAAAUGAUCAAUCAUUCGUUUGUUGGUUUUUUUCUGUAUUUUUAUGACUGGAAAUUCUUUUAAUAAAAGUAAUAACAGAU